AUGCCUCCUUGCGUUGGGUCUCGAAACACGCGACCGCAACGUCGUAUCAUGGGCCCACAGUCGGCUCUCACUGAUUUUUUGGCUUCCCACAACAUCUCGGCCCAUCAGAUCCGCCUGGAUGCCGAUGCCCGCCGUAGGCAAGCUCAGAAUAACGGGGAUGCACAGACCGAUGAGAACACCCAGGACGAUGAACCGGCCACGGUUGAUCCACCCACUGAUGCGCCCACGCCGGCCACCAGUUCGAGACCAGCCACACGAGCAAGGCGCUCAGCAGCGGGAACGGUAACGCAGCGGGACGAGGAAGCCCGGAAGAAAGAGCAGAAGGUACUGGAGAAGAUCAAGGCUAGCAAAAAGUUUCAGAAGCGGAAGCGCGGUCUUGACUCGGAUGACGAAGACGAUCUUGCCCGAGCUCUUCUUCAGAGCUCUGCGCCCUUGCCCGGGCAACAGGAGAACUGUGCGAGCUGCGGGAAGCGUUUCACCGUAACCGCGUACAGCCGCAAUGGGCCAGAGGGAGGGUUACUUUGUGGUCCUUGUAGCAAGGAGCUUGAGAAGGGCGAUGCCGCCAAGAAGAAGGCACUGCCUAAGCGGGCCACGGGCGGUUCCGUCGGCAGGCGACGACAAGUGCAAAGCAAUAUUUUGGAUGGGACUUACGCGCUCGGUGCUAAGAGCCUGAUGACUCUUUGCAUUGAAACCUUGGCCAAGAACAUCGACCUUGCUGAAGACUUGGGUGAUCUUCCGGAGCCUAUUAUCGACAAGAUAGCGCGGAAGCUUUCUAAGCAUCGCCUUCUCGACUCGAGGACCCUCACUCUUUUUCUACAGCCCGCCGCAGAGGAAGUCCGAAUAUACGACGGAGCCAAGCUCAGCUCGAAUGACUUCAUACGGAUCUUUCAGACAGUGCCUGGCCUCAAGAAACUAAAGAUCCGCAACGGGAUUCACUUCAAAGACGAAGUCGUCGAUUAUCUCAUGUCGCGGCACAUCGACCUUGAAGAUCUAUACCUUCACGGUGCCAACCUAAUCUCGGAGGGGAAGUGGAAGGAGUACCUUCAAAAGAAGGGCGGUUCUCUCCGCUCCCUGCGUGUCUACUUCACUGACAAACACUUCAGCGACGAAGUGCUUGCUCUCAUGCCUACUACCUGCCCACUCCUUGCCCGCCUUAAAGUCUGCCACAACCAAAAGGUCACCGGCGCUGGCGUGGCGUCUAUCGCACAGGUCAGCACACUCCGGCACCUCAGCCUUGAUCUACGCAAUGAACUACACUCGGAUGUCUAUGUCGACCUGAUCACCCGCCUCGGCGUCAAUCUCGAAACACUCUCCCUCACCCGCGUGCCCGGCGCCGACAACACACUUCUCGACGCGCUUCACUCGCACUGCCGGCAGCUAUCUAAACUGCGGAUCACCGAGAGCGAGGAGAUGACCGAUGCUGGGUUUGUUCGACUCUUCCGCGGGUGGGCCAACCCUGGCUUGGUGUGGCUUGACCUACAAAAGUGUCGCCAGCUGGACUCAGCGCACCCGCGUGAGAACCCGGACGGGCUUGGCCUGUGUUCCGGCGGGUUUCGCGAACUGAUGGAUCAUUCAGGUGCUAAGUUACGUGAACUGAACGUCCACGGCUGCCGACACAUAGAAGCACAGGCGUUCGAGGAAGUAUUUCGCGCCGGGGCCGGGGAGAAGGUGUACGAGGCGUUGGAGAAACUGGAGAUUAGCUUCUGUGAAGAGGUAACCGACUUUGUGGUUGGUUCCAUAUUCCGCAGCUGCCCCAACUUGAGGGAGCUCAACGUGUUUGGGUGUAUGAAAGUUCGGGAUGUGAGAGUACCCAGAGGCAAGAUUCUGGUGGGGGUACCGAACGCCAAGGGGAUGGUGAUAGAAGGAGACGACGAUGUCGACGAUGUUGUCAUGGGUGAUGCUUAA